AAAACCAAUCCAUUUCUACUUCCUGUGUGAAAGGUCGCAAAGAAGAUGGCGCCGUCCAGGACGAAACAUGCCAACCAGGCUUGUGUUAUUCCAGGUGGUUUUACAGUGCUUUCUCUACAGUUCAGUACUGACAGUGUUGCUCAGCACAAAAUAUGUGUAAAAGAGCACCGGGUGCGAGCAGAGAAAACCACACAAAGACCCCUCGACAGAACACUGUUUGUCCUUAACAUUCCCCCAUAUUGCUCUGAGGGUGUCAUAAAGGAGCUCUUCUCUCAGUUUGGUCCUGUUCAGUCAGUGGAGCUCAGGGAGAAGCCAGGGUCCUUUGAGCACUCAGGACCCAAGCUGGCUAAGUAUUUCACACCAGCACAAAAACAGGGGUUCAGAGUGGGUUACAUCGUGUUUCAGAAGGCCAUCAGUAUUACAGCAGUGAAGUCCCAUCCCCAUGAUGUCCCAUUGGUUGUUUCCACAGAGCAGCGACCUGUGUGGACAGGUCUACAGAAAUGGAUUCAUCAGUACAAGCAGUCAUUUGCUCAGCCAGACAAACUACAGGAGGCAGUUGACACCUUCAUGCAGGAUUARGAUAAGAGAAAAGAAGAGGAGGCAGAGCGACAAAAGGAGGAGGCUGAGGAGCAGCUGGAGGAUGAGGAGGGCUGGGUAAAAGUUACCAGGGGUAAAAGRGGGACCAAGACCCGCCCCCACAGUGAGGUAUCCAAUCAGAAAGCUCUGCAGAAGGAGAGCAGAAAGAGGAAGCGAAAGGAGCUCAUGAACUUCUACACCUGGCAGCACAGAAACACACAGAAAGAACACAUCGCUGAACUGAGGAAAAAGUUUGAAGAGGACAAACAGCGAAUUGCUUUGCUAAGAGCACAGAGGAAGUUCCGACCUUACUGAAUCAAGUUUCUUCUGAGAUUCUCCCCACCUUCCUGUUUUUUAAACCACCUAAUCACACCAUUGAUGACAAUAAAUAUCAAUUUACUCUGUA